GAACAUCUGGAGCUGGCGGCGGUGGCUCCGGUCUAAAGCGCGGGCUGGAGCAGGGGCACGUCCGCCGGCCGGGGCUGAGGGCGGGAUGGCGGCGGCCUGAGGAUCUCGCACGCACAGAACAGCCUGGAUGCCCAGAAGCAGCAGGACACUAUCACUGGCUGCCCGGGCCCUCAGCAGGUGCACAGGACUCUUCCUCGCUCACACACAGCUCUGCUGGCUAAGACCUUCUCCUUGCCUCCCCGGGGCCAGCCCCAGUUGCUGCUACCAGCAGCAGUUACGGCGUGUAUCUCUCCAGGGCCCAGGCAGAAGCCAGGGGGGUGGUGCUGGGGCUUGCCAUCUCUCUCUUGUUUGGAGCACUUGGCCUCGCCAGGCCUGCACUGCUGCCGAGGGCAUGGCGGAGCAGAGGUACUGCGUGGACUACGCCAAGCGCGGCACCGCCGGCUGCAAGAAGUGCAAGGAGAAGAUCGUGAAGGGCAUGGUGCGCAUCGGGAAGAUUGUGCCCAACCCCUUCACCGAGUCUGGAGGGGACAUGAAGGAGUGGUACCACGUGAAGUGCAUUUUUGAGAAGCUGGACAAGGCCCGGGCCACCACCAAGAAAAUUGAAGACAUCACAGACUUGGAAGGAUGGGAGGAGCUCCAGGACGGGGAGAAGGAGUUGAUCAACAAGCACAUCUCAGAAGCUAAUUCCAAGACUGGAGGCACACCGAAGAAGAAAGUGAUAGUCCAAGCCAAGCUGACUGCCACGGGACAGCUGACGACAAAAGAUCCAUUAGCUCUCAUCAAUCCAUCACCAAAGAAGUUCUCUGGCUUCACAGCCAAGCCAAAGAACUCAGAAGAUGAGUCUGCAAACUCUUCCCACAAGUCCAGCCUGUCUGCAAAGAACUGUGACCCGAAGCACAAGGACUGCCUGCUGCGGGAGUUCAGGAAGCUCUGUGCCAUGGUGGCUGAGAAGCCCAGCUACAAUGUGAAAACUCAGAUCAUCCAGGAUUUCCUGAAGAAGGGAUCUGGGGGAGAUGGCUUCCACGGUGAUGUCUACCUGACCAUCAAGCUGCUGUUACCAGGUGUCAUUAAAAUUGUUUACAACUUGAAUGACAAACAGAUUGUGAAGCUGUUCAGUAGGAUCUUUAACUGCAGCCAAGAAGAGAUGGUCCGGGACCUGGAGCAGGGAGAUGUGUCCGAGACCGUGCGCCUCUUCUUCGAGCAGAGCAAGACUUGUCCUCCAGCAGCCAAAAGCCUCCUGACCAUCCAAGAGGUGGAUGAGUUCCUAAUCCAGCUGUCAAAGCUUACUAAGGAAGAUGACCAGCAGAGUGUGCUGCAGCACAUUUCUCGCAGGUGCACAGGCAACGACCUGAAGUGCAUCAUCAGGCUCAUUAAGCACGACUUGAAAAUGAAUGCUGGAGCCAAGCACGUGCUGGACGCUCUGGAUCCCAAUGCUUAUGAGGCCUUCAAAGCCUCACGCAACCUGCACGACGUGGUGGAGAGAGUCCUGAGGAACCAGCAGGAGGCUGAGAAGGUGCCAGGUGUGAAGAAGACCCUCAGUGUGCAGGCCUCCCUGAUGACCCCAGUUCAGCCCAUGCUGGCUGAAGCCUGCAAGUCCAUCGAGUAUGCCAUGAAGAAGUGCCCCAACGGCAUGUACGCCGAGAUCAAGUACGACGGCGAGCGCGUCCAGGUGCACAAGAGCGGAGACCACUUCAGCUACUUCAGCAGGAGCCUCAAGCCUGUCCUCCCACAUAAAGUUGCCCAUUUUAAGGACUUCAUCCCCCAGGCUUUCCCUGGUGGGCAAAGUAUGAUCCUGGAUUCAGAAGUUCUUCUGAUUGACAACAAAACUGGCAAACCCCUUCCUUUUGGGACUCUUGGUGUGCACAAGAAAGCUGCUUUCCAAGAUGCCAACGUUUGCCUCUUUGUGUUUGACUGCAUCUACUUCAAUGAUGUCAGCCUGAUGGACAGGCCUCUCAGCGAGCGCCGGAAGUUCCUGCACGACAACAUGGUGCAGAUCCCCAACAGGAUUCUCUUCUCUGAGAUGAAGCACGUCACGAAAGCCUCAGAUCUGGCAGAGAUGAUCACCAGAGUCAUCCGCGAGGGGCUGGAAGGCCUGGUGUUGAAGGAUAUAAAGGGUACCUAUGAGCCAGGGAAGAGGCACUGGCUGAAGGUGAAGAAGGACUACCUGAACGAGGGUGCCAUGGCUGACACUGCUGACCUGGUGGUGCUGGGAGCUUUCUAUGGGCAAGGCAGCAAAGGUGGGAUGAUGUCCAUCUUCCUGAUGGGCUGCUACGACCCCAAGAGUGAGAAGUGGUGCACUGUGACCAAGUGCGCCGGGGGCCACGACGACGCCACCUUGGCGCGGCUGCAGACAGAGCUGGACAUGGUGAAGAUCAGCAAGGAUCCUACUAAAAUCCCAAGGUGGCUAAAAAUCAACAAAAUCUACUACCCAGACUUCAUUGUCCCAGAUCCAAAGAAAGCCCCAGUGUGGGAGAUCACAGGGGCUGAGUUCUCCAAGGCCGAGGCCCACACCGCCGACGGGAUCUCCAUCCGCUUCCCGCGCUGCACGCGCAUCCGCGACGACAAGGACUGGCAGACGGCCACCAACCUGCAGCAGCUGAAGGAGCUGUACCAGCUCUCCAAGGAGAAGGCUGACUUCAGUGUCACUGCUGGGGAGGACGAUGCUGGAGAGUCCACAGCUGGCAGCAGUGGAGAGAAUGAGGGAAAUUCCAGGUCUUCCACACCACACAGCACCAUCAAAACUUCCCCAAGCAAGUCACCUGCAAAAGCCCAGAAGCCAGAAGAGAGCAAAGCAGUGGUUGGAUCCCCUCCAAAAGCAGAGAAGCGUGGGGAGAAGCGGAAGGCCUCGGAGAUGGAGGACAACGGCAAAACGCCGCUGCUGGACAUCUUCACCGGCGUGAAGCUCUACCUGGCGCCCUCCGUGCAGGACUUCGCGCGGCUCCGGCGCUACUUCAUCGCCUACGACGGGGACCUGGUGCCCGAGUUCGACACGGCCUCGGCCACGCACGUCCUGGGGGGCACCCAGGAGGUGCCCGGCGCUCAGCGCGUCUCCCCCGACUGGAUCUGGGCCUGCAUCCGCAAGCGCAGGCUGGUGGCUCCCUGCUAGC